CUUCCGGGUUUGCGCGGCGUUGCAUGUCGGGACGGGGCCCGGAAGUGGGCGUGGCGUUCCCUUGCGUCGCGAGCGUCGUGCCGAGGCGCGUGUCUCUCUCUCUCUCUGGAGCAGCGCGUGGCGGAGGCAAGAUGGCGGACGGCGGCGCAGGCUCUGCAUCUAAGAAACACAAGAAGAAAAAAGAUAAAUCUUUGCCAGAUGAAGAAGUUGCUGCUAUACAAUAUUCAGAAGAAUUUCUUAUCAAGCCUGAAUCUAAAGUGGCUCAACUGGACACAUCACAAUGGCCUUUGCUUCUCAAGAAUUUUGACAAGCUGAAUGUGAGGACCACACACUACACUCCUCUUCCUUCUGGUUGUAAUCCAUUAAAAAGAGACAUUUCUGAGUAUGUGAGGACAGGCUUCAUCAACCUGGAUAAACCUUCCAACCCAUCUUCCCAUGAAGUGGUGGCUUGGAUCCGCCGUAUUCUUCGUGUACAGAAGACUGGGCAUAGUGGCACGUUGGAUCCCAAAGUGACAGGUUGCCUGAUUGUAUGCAUUGAGAGAGCAACUCGUUUAGUCAAGUCUCAGCAGAGUGCAGGCAAAGAAUAUGUGGGAAUCGUUCGGUUGCACAAUGCAAUUGAAAGUGAAGUUCAGCUUUCAAGGGCAAUAGAAACUCUGACAGGUGCCCUCUUCCAGCGGCCCCCGCUUAUUGCUGCAGUGAAGAGGCAACUAAGAGUCAGAACCAUCUAUGAAAGCAAAUUGGUAGAAUAUGAUCCAGAAAGAAGAUUGGGUAUUUUCUGGGUGAGUUGUGAAGCUGGAACCUAUAUUCGGACACUGUGUGUGCACCUAGGCUUGCUGCUUGGGGUUGGAGGUCAGAUGCAGGAGCUCCGGCGAGUGCGCUCUGGAGUCAUGGGAGAAAAGGACCACAUGGUGACAAUGCAUGAUGUCCUGGAUGCUCAGUGGCAGUAUGAUAACAACAAGGAUGAAAGUUAUCUCAGGAGAGUUAUCUACCCUUUAGAGAAGCUACUGACAUCUCACAAGCGGCUGGUUAUGAAGGACAGUGCGGUGAAUGCCAUUUGUUAUGGAGCGAAGAUUAUGCUGCCUGGUGUGCUCCGGUAUGAAGAUGGCAUUGAAAUCAAUCAGGAAAUUGUUGUGAUCACCACAAAAGGAGAAGCCAUCUGUACAGCCAUUGCCUUGAUGACAACUGCAGUGAUCUCUACCUGUGACCAUGGAUUUGUGGCGAAGAUUAAGCGUGUGAUCAUGGAAAGGGACACUUACCCCCGCAAGUGGGGACUUGGUCCAAAAGCUUCCCAGAAGAAGAUGAUGAUUACUCAGGGCUUGCUGGAUGCACAUGGCAAACCCAAUGAUAAAACUCCACAGGAUUGGAAGAAGGAAUAUGUAGAUUACAGUAGCCCUGCGGUAAAUAAAGACAUACAAAAGAAGGUUGUCCAGGUGGAGGUAGAGAGAACACCAAAGAGAAAGAGGGACGUGGAGAGUGACGGAGAACAGGGCGAGGCAGCCUCAUCCCCCCAAGACUCUCCAGAGCCACAGGCAGAGACCAAGAAAAAGAAGAAGAAAAAGAAAGAGAAGAAGAAGAAGAUGGAGUCUGCUGAGAGCAGCGGGGAUCUCACUGAAAUGGUCAGUGACACAAGUGCGAAAAAGAAAAAGAAAAAAAAGAAGACAAAACAAGAAGAAAUGGAUGAAGGUUCAGAGUAACCAGACAGAUGUAUCCAGAGCAAGCAGCCUGGAUCACUUGAAUAAGGGAGUGCAACAGACUGAAAGAAAGUACAGAGUGGAUCAGUGAGCAGAGACCUGUCCUAAUUGCUGUGCAAAAAAAAUAAUGUACUGCUUGCAGGGUGAUAUGGCAAGUCCUCCUUUGUCCUGUUCUAAGGAUAGUUGGAGGUAACGGGGCAACAAAACUACUUGGCCCUCAAGGACUUCUCUAUGAGUAGUUUCUAUGAGCUUGCAAGAUUUCUGUCUGGGAAAAAUGCAACGUCGCCCUUGAUCUUGGCACAUGUAGAAGAUCUCCAUCUCUCCUGCCAUUAUCUUUUUGUUGUGAUAUUCUGCUUGAAUAUCUGAAAGCCGCUGAAUGACCGCUUCACUUGUCUGCUCAUGCAGCUGAAGAGAAGGUGAAAAUGUUGCUGGUUUUUACACAGUGGCUGCAUGAUCAGGUACUUAAUUUUGUAUUCCCAUCCCUUGUACUUGCCUUGACUCUUCAGUGAGUAAAUUCAGAUACAAGAGUCUUAGGGCACCACUUCCUUCUGGCAUUUUUAAAAAACAAAUGGCAGUUUUGUUUUACAAAAACGAGGUUUUCGUUCUGAGUCUGCUGAUGGUCUUAUUUCCCUAACCUGUUCUUUACAAGCUCAACUUUUCUUUGUGUGGUCUAAGUUUUUCAGAACAUUUCCUAUCUUAAAAGGGACAUUAGCCACAUGUGCCAUCCCAAGAGAAUAGUGGGGGAAAACAUCUUGAGGCAGAAGUCUUGAGAAAGUCGAAAUCUGUAUGCUUUUGGUCACAUAUUCAUGUUGGGAGCUGUGCACAUUGCUCUUGUGUUUUGGGGUAAUGCAAAUCAUUAUUUUCUCCUCCCAUUUUUAGACCAGUGUACCAAAGUUGAUUUUAAAAAGUUGUUACUUUUUUACAUUAAAAGAUUGCAAAUCUAA